AAAUCGCUCAACCAUUGCCCAUCAUGGUUUUCGGGAUGGGCCCCCUUACGCCGCGGCGUUUUCUGGUGUUGGGAUCGGCAGGUGUAUUGUUCGUCACCUUCAUCCUCGCCUUGACGCCUAUUACAUCGCCGCUUCCGCCAUACACCGGGCCGUACGAGGUGGGGAUCCUGGAUGUCGAGACUGAGGUCGAGAAGAAGGUGAUUCAUGACGCGGUCCUCAAGGAUACCGGCAACAAGGCCUUUGAACUGGAGACGCUAGCCAUUACCCUAUACUACCCUUCUUCGCUGCCUCUGGCGCCUCAGCAUCGACGACCAUGGGCACGUCCGUGGCUCCCUCAACCCGCAUCGCUCAUCGCCGAAGGUUAUGCCCGCCUUGCAGGAGUCCCGAAACUAUCGUCCGUCUUCAAGUUUGCAAUGUGGGCUUUUGGCUCCAGCACUGUCAUCCCGGGUGUUGUGGACGCGCCCAUUCUCUCGAGUUCAGAGCAUAUUCUCGGCGACGACAAUGAAUUCGACAAGGCAAUAAGCGAGGCCCAGAAAGAGCAUCAUGAAUUGAAGCGCGAUGGCGACAGUGCAACGCUGCCAUGUAUGGUCUUUACCCACGGCAUGGCCGGCAUGAGCCAGAGUUAUGCCCACUACCUCGGAAGCAUUGCAAGCCACGGCUACGUCGUCGCCGCAGUUGAACACCGCGACGGAAGCGGCCCCGGCACAAUCAUCCACCGUCCCAACGGCACCGAGAGAACCGUGUGGCACCUGAAGCUCGAGGACCUGGAAGCCAGCCCGGCCAUGACGAUUCUCGACCUCAAAGCCGCCCAGCUCAACUUCCGCGAAGCCGAAAUCAGCGAGACCAUCAAGCUCUUUGCACGCCUCAACGCCGGCGACGCCCCUGUUGUAAAUCUCAAGCCCGACUCCCCGCGCAACGCACUGCCCGGCUUCAAAAACCGGCUCGACCUCUCGGCCGUCACAGUCAGCGGCCACUCGUACGGCGCAACGGGCGCAAUGCAAGCCCUCAAGUCGGCGGGCACGGCCUCGAUGCCUAUCAACGGAGGCAUUGCGCUGGAUCCAGGCAAAGAAUCCGGGCCCCUGAACAAGGACAUGGACGUGCCGAUUCUCGUGCUGCAAAGCGGCAAGUGGACAGACGAUCAAACGCAGUUUUACGACCAAGGCUGGCAUUUCAACGUGGUACGAAAAAUCAUCGAGAGCGUGAACACGGGCUGGUUCAUGACGCUGGCGGGCUCGGCACACCCUUCGUGCACCGAUGCUCCACUCAUUGUGCCGCUGAUCAUGAAGUGGGUUACCGGUACUACGCUGAGUAGCCAGCAAGCGUUGCACGAAUACAUUGAUGCCUCGGUCGCGUUUCUGGAGUACCUACGUACCGGCGAGAAGAAGGGCGUGCUGGCGAGUCCCGUGACGAAUGCCAAAGGCCCGUUUUUGGACAAUGGCGAGAAUAGAGAUAUGGUCAGUGGGCCUCAUGGAGCGCAGUGGGAGGUUCAUGUUGUUCCGCAGUAGAAUACGAAUUUUUCCCUCUUGAGUCUGUGUAAUAUAGUAAUAUCGAAAUUGUUGCGCUUGGAUCGACUGUUACAUAGGUUGUGCAGUGAUAAUCCGUCAUGAAAACAGAACAAGUUCAG